AUGCCGGAGACGGUGCCAGGACAGAAGCAGGACACGAUUGAUGGAGAGGGAGAGGAAGGAAAGCAGGAGGAAAUCAAGCAGGUGGAUGAGUUUGGACUGCCACUGAGAGCGGCGAGAAGACGACAAUUCAGUGAAGCGGAGAGUGUAGAGGAGGGGAAUGAAGGAAAUGGCAUCCCGACAUCUGCACAAGACUUUGCGCCGGGAUCUGCUCCCCAACGGAUUGAAAAUGCGCAGGAAUCGGCCGAGCCAACAAAUGACAUUCCCACAUCGCCCUCCCGCCACGCUCAUCGGGCGUCGGUAACCUCGGUGUCGGAAUGGUCCCAUCAGCAACAGAUUUCCCGACCUUCGAUUGAGGAAAAGGAAGAGGAAGAGGAAGAGGAUGAAUGGCAACAGAUGCCUGCUCUGGCCACGCAUCGCAUCUACGACGACUGGGGCAAAGUGGUGGCGCAGGAAUACGGCGAGGUGGAGGAUGAACGAGUCGUCUAUGGAACGUUGGGAGGGGCGGGCAAGGGCUACACCCGCGUUCAAAUGGAAGAAGACGCCAAAUCGGCCACGAGUCUGGACGAUCAUACGGCCUAUCUGUUCAAGGAGGGAUAUGCGAGAAAUGUACUGGAUGAGGAGGAUGAAGAGGGUCGGGAUCUGUUAUCCCAAAUGCAGACGACCAAGGAAUUGUUGACCGAAGGUCAGAGGGUAGCAUACGUCGGAGUGGUCAGACUUGCCAUCGCGCAAAUGGCAAAGGAUCUCACUUCCCUCCAAUCCACCAAAGGGACGAAAAAAGCGAUAGAAUUCGCGACGGAAGCGUUGAGGAUGUGGGGCCAGAAGAUGAUGUUGCGCCUCUACAAUCACAUGGAAAUCGAUGCGCGGGAACAGAUCAUGGUCGAACAAUUGGCCGAUCAUGGCGUCCUUCCCUCUGAUCUAACCCCUGCUUUGAUGCAGAAUGCGCGGGUGAAGAAUCCUAAAGUCGAGGCGGAGAGCAGGCCUCCAUCACCAUCUCAAUCAUCAUCUCCAUCAGGAUCUCCAUCUCCAUCAACACCAACAUCUCCCUCCCUGGAAAGCCCACCUCCGGCAUAUGAACAACACACGGCCGAUCAACUCACCAUCCAAGAUCCCGACGACCUCCAAGAUGCGAAAAGUCUCGACUUGGACAUUCGCUGGACCGUCCUCUGCGAUCUCUUCCUGUUGAUCAUUGCCGACAGUAACUACGACGCCCGCUCCCGGCAACUGCUCGAACUUGUCGGAGCUGCCCUGCAAGUGGAAUGGCAAGAAAUCUGCCGCUUCGAGAAACGUGUUACGGAUGCCUUGGAAAUGCAAGAACAAGCCGACAAAGAAAACUGGAAUGAAGACGAACAUCUGGAAUCCAGAAAGAAAGCAGCCCGAAAUCGAAGAUUGAUGGUCAUGGGAAUGUGUACCGUCGGAGGUGGGCUGGUCAUAGGAUUAUCGGCAGGCCUCCUCGCUCCCGUCAUCGGAGCCGGUCUGGCAGCCGGGUUCACCACCAUUGGAGUCGCCGGGACCGGGGGAUUUCUAGGAGGCACCGGAGCUGCUGCUCUCAUCGGCACAACAGGAACCCUCAUCGGUGGCAAAAUCGGCCUCACGACUUCACAUCGACGAACGGGUGCCGUCAAGACAUAUGAAUACAAACCCCUCUUCAACAACAAACGUGUCAAUCUGAUCGUCACCGUCGCGGGAUGGAUGACGGGCACCGUCGAUGACGUUCGCCUCCCGUUCAGCACCAUCGACCCCGUGAUGGGAGACAUGUACGCUGUGAACUGGGAGCCCGARAUGCUCCAAUCCACCGGUCAAACCAUUCAAAUUUUGGGCACUGAAGCAUUAACUCAAACCAUCCAACAAGUCCUGGGAGCUACCUUCCUCGCCACUCUCAUGGCGGGAUUGAGCACCCCACUCAUUCUGGCCAAAAUGUCCUACCUCAUCGACAACCCCUGGACCGUCUCCCUCGCCCGAGCAGACGCCACGGGACUAAUCCUCGCCGACAGCAUUAUUGACCGCAAUCUCGGCAUCCGACCCAUCACCCUCGUCGGUUUCUCUUUGGGAUCGAGAGUCAUCUUCUCCUGUCUCAAAGAAUUAGCCCGACGAKGAGGUGUGGGUCUGGUACAGAAUGUGUACAUGUUCGGCAGUCCUGUCGUCGUCAAACAAGAAGAAUACAUUCGCGCGAAAAGCAUCAUCCCGGGGAGAUUUGUCAACGGCUACGCGACGAACGAUUGGAUUCUGGGAUAUCUCUUCCGCGCCACGAGUGGAGGUAUCAUGCGCGUCGCGGGUCUGGCGAAGGUGGAUGGAGUGGCAGGGGUGGAGAAUUUCGACGUCACGGAUGUGGUAUCCGGACAUAUGGCAUAUCGGGGUAUGAUGCCCACAUUAUUGGAGCGGGUUGGAUGGAAGGUCACGAGUCUGGAGUAUACGGAAAUCGAAGACCCGGAUCCGGAAAAUCACGCCCAACGACAGAGGGAAUUAUUGGAUGAAAUCGAAGCCGCGAGACGGGAAUUGGACGCUGAGCCGGAAAAAAAGGGUUUCGGGAGAUUUUUCUCUUUGAGAGGGAAGAAAGCUGGGAGGAAGAGAGUUUGGGAGACAUAUGACGAGAGGAGCAAUUCGAAAGUUUUGGAGGGGGAUGUGGGGGAGGUGGAGAGGGUCAAUGCGGAAGUUUUAAAAGAGGGUGGGUUCGGUGGGGAUGUCAUGUUUGAUGUCGAGGCCAUAAGGAAGGAGGCGCUUGCGUUGGCUGUGCAGCGGCCCGGGGAUUUGGAGGAGAUUAAACAGCAUUUGAGCGUGAGGGAGAUUCAGGGGACUUUGCCUGCGCUGAAGAUUGAUGGGGGUGGAAGGGGAGGGAAAGAGGGGGAGGGGGAUGGGGAUGGAAGUCCGACUACAUCUCCCACGGUCGCCGGGGGCAAGAGUCCUGUCAAACAGUAUGGAUCUCUGGCCGAGGAGGGUGUCGCAGGAGGAAGAGGGGGAGGAGGAAGAAAUCCCGCACCCAUUCGAUCUUUCACUGCUCCUUUGCAUGGUGGGAGUAGUAGCGGGAAUGGGAAUGCUAGCCAUUCUUCCAUUCAUGUAAAGGACGAAGGAGAAGAAGACGAGAGACCGGGCAUGAAUUCUAGGAGUUUUAGUUCGGAUGUCUCUUCUUCCAUCCAGCAGCAGCAGCAGCAGCAGCAGCAACAACGAGGCACUGGGAUGGAUGAGAGGAGAAGGGAAGGGGAAGAGGGAAGAAGAAAUCCUUGGGGAGGUUAUCAUACUGGGGAUGUAGAUAUCGAUGAUCCCGAGUUUGGGAGGGAGGAAGAGGGGGAAGUUCGCAUGACUUUUUGA